AUGGCGCCACGUGUCCCAGCGGAGCGUCAGCAGGUUCUGGGAGCUCUGGAGCGUCUGCAGGCCAAACUGGCCCAGAGGGAGGAGUGGACCCACAGUGAGACGAUGGGAAACCUGAGGGAGACUCUGCAGAAUCCGCUGUUCAACCACAUCCUGACCCUGCAGCACUCCAUCAAACAGCUGCGGCACCAGCUGAACAAUAUGCCGCCUGACACCUGCAGCGAGUUCAGUUUCUCCAAAAAGGGUCAGCUGAUCAUGAGCGCUGUUAAUUCAGCCAGCAGCUCCGCCCCGCCCUCCCUGUCCUCCUCCUCCAUCCUGACCAAUGGCUUGUCUCCACCCAUCCAUCAGACUCCGCCCUCAUCUGACCUCCUGCCGAAAUGGAUCCUCGCCACUGCCAAGGGCUGUCACACAGAGCUGGUCCGCCUGACUCGGCCUCUGUCUGGAGGUCUGGGCUUCAGCGUGGUCGGCCUGAACCCUGAAGGAACCAGCAGUCAGGGCGUCUUCGUUAAACACAUCCAGCCUGGAGGCGUCGCGCACAGGAACGGGUGUCUCCAGGAGAGGGACCAGAUCCUGGUGAUAAACGGCAGUCCUCUGGAGGCGGGGAUCAGCCAGCAGCAGGCGCUGACCCUCCUGCAGCAGCCCGGAGAGACGGUGGAGCUGGUGGUCGCCAGGGACCGCCCACUCAACGCAUCAUCACAACCUGCCGCCGCCAUCAACACGGAUCAGUGGGGUCACGCGGAGGAAAUCGAGCUGGUGAACGAUGGAUCUGGUUUGGGCUUCGGCAUCGUGGGAGGGAAGACGACCGGGGUGGUGGUCAGGACGCUCAUCCCAACAGCGUGGCUGACAAGAUUCCUGACGGUGGUGCUGGAGGCCAAGGCAAUGCCAUCCAAGGCAACUAUGUCUGCAGACAAUGCAGAGGGGCGGAGCCGGGCUGCACAGCGCUGA